AUGUUUGGUAAGACCGAAUCCAAAAGAAGUUAUGGCGUUCUAUAUACAAAUAAGGAUUGGCAUUAUUUAGAUCGAUUUUGUUUCAUAUCUGAAAAUGGAAAUCUUCAGUAUUUACUCCAAUAUCCAAAGGACUAUGAGGUUCAAAGUAUGUAUAUAUACUACGAUACAAAUACACAAUGGUCAUCUGUUUAUGAUAAAAAUCUGACUUGUAGUGAAAAGAUUUCUAUACUUGAUCCGAAUAAUAAUCAGAAAAUCAUAUUAACUAAUAAAAACGAAAAUAAUGAAUGUGCAAUUUAUACGAAAAAUGAAGAAAAAUGUUCUCAAAGAGCAAUGUGGUGGUUUUUGGCAUUGGCAAAUUGUAACUCGACAAAGGGUCUCUAUAUCGAAUAUGAUCUGUUAAUGACCAAUGGUGACCCAAAUGAAUUUUGGUUCGGACACUUUUCUGCUGAUGAAUUCUAUGUUCUUCCAGUCGAUUUACUAUUUUUGUUAAUAAAUUUGGUCAUUCUGAUUGUCGCGAUCAUUAUUGCUUGUAAGUUUUUCCCAGCGUUUAUUGAUUAA